CAGAGUACGUCUUUUGGUCAGGAAAAUUGUUGUGACAAAGAUGUUGCUUUGGAAAAUGAUCUUUGGCAGACAUUCGUGACAACAGGUAAUGGAACAACUUGCAAAGAAAAAAUGGACAAGUGCACUGUUACAGUAGACACUGAAAAUGACAGUUGUGUUCAAAUGAACAAGAAAAUUGUAUAUUCAGAGCAAAAUCAAGGCAUUAUUGACUCAAGAGAAAAUGAUUCAAACAAUUCAAACCCACUGAAAACUGAAACUCAAUCACACAAGGAUGAUUCCAUUUCUAUAGGAAAUGUUAAUGAUCCUCCCUUGGACAAACAAAAAGCAGAGACCAAAGGUGGACUUAUGGAAAGUCCCACUGACUUAGAUUUACCAGUUGAUGACCAGCCUACAAUAUCUGUUUUGAGCAGAUAUGAGAAUGCAAAUGAAGCAAGGAGUGAAACAGCUGCACGUCAUAAUGGAAGUGAUAUAAUUAUAGAUCUUGAUGAUUCUGUUAAAAAAGAAAGCUAUAGGAUUUUAACAGAUCCAGGUGGUGAUCAACAAGAGGAAAAAGUACAAAACAAAGGAUGUUUGGAUGAUCGAAGUCAAUCAGAAGCAACCUUGAAGGGUGUGGAAUCCAGUUCUGUUGUUGAUGAAGCAUUUUUACAGCCUUGUGGUGCAAUGACUGAUGUGCCUGUGGCAAAACCUAGUCUACAAAUGCAUGCAAUGAAUGUUCAAUUUGAUCACCAAAGUCUGUCUGUUAAAAAGCAUACUGUAAAACAAGGUGAAGAUGGUACACAAAAAGAAUUGGUUUGUAGUCAAUUGAGUAUGAGUAAGGAGGACAUCACUGACAAAGCAGGGAUAAGAUCAAUGGAAAUGACUUCAAAAUCAGUGCAUGAACAUGCUGAAAAUUGUGGGAAUCACCCAUCAUGCACUUUGGAUGUUAGUCCAACCUCUUUGGUCCUUGAAAAGGAUUUAGCUUCACAAAGAUUUAAUUCAGAUGUAGGACGUUUAAGUGAGUGCACUGAAGAGUUGCAUGCUCAAACUGAAAAUACAGGCGAAAAAGCUCAGGAGGUACUUGAAGAAAAACAUAGUGUUUCAAAUUUAUCAGUGGCAGAGUUGAAGGAAAAUGUUGGUGAACUGGAGAUGGAGCAUGAUAAGACAACAAAGAAGAAGAAACCAAAGAAGGAUAAGGAUGGUAAGGAAGAGAAAUCAAAAUCCAAGGACAAGGGUGAAAAAACAAAAAGAAAAGACAAGAAAAAUUCAAAAGAAAAGAGUGAUAAAGAUGAAAAUUUAGAUUCCAAACAAAAGGAGAAAAAGCAUAAAAAAUCAAAAAACAAGGAGCAAUCCUCAAAACAAGGGGAUACAGAAGAUCUUAACACCUGUGGUAAGAUUAUUGAGAGAGAAUCAUCUACUCAAAGUAAGCUUCAAACAGGAUCAUCCAUAAAAAAGCAUGACAAUGAUAGUGAAGAUGAUGAUGAUGACGACUGGGAAUCAAAUUUUAAUGAGAGUGGAGAUUGUCUCAAUCCAGAGCACCUUGAAGAGCUAACAAGAUUGACUGGAAAAGCUGAUCUUGAGGUUCAUAAGACUCAGUUUGAUUUUUACUCCUUUGUGCCAAAGGAAGUUGAACUAGAUGAUGAAGAAUUUGGACACAUAGUGGAAAUCUACAACUUUUCCGCUGAUUUAAAGACUCAAGACCUGAUGCAAGCUCUGAGUUCUUUCAGAAGCAAAGGAUUUGACAUAAAAUGGGUGGAUGACACACAUGCUCUAGCUGUGUUUUCAAGUCGGCAUACAGCUCAAGAUGCCAUAAAGUUAUGCUCAGGUCCACUUAUGAAACUGCGACCUGUUAGUGAAGGAACAACAGAAUCAAAGAAAAAAGCUAGCUGGUGCUCUGACCUGCUGCAGCCAUACAAGGAAAGACCACAGACUAGUAAGCUCCUUGCUGAUAGGAUGGUUACAGGAGCACUUGGAAUAAAGUCAAAGAUGACCAGAGAGGAGAGGGCUAAGGAGAGAGAAAAACUCAAGGAAGCAAAAACCAAAAGACAAGAAGAAAAGAUGCGAAUGGCUGACAUAUGGGGAGACUGAUGUUGAUGAGAUCAAAAGUCUCCCAACCACAUUUUUCAUUAGUGUUUGUAAACUAAGAAUGUUUUAAAGGACUUCCUUGCCAUGUCAGUUGUACCAUGUAAAUUAUAUUUUUAAUCAAACAAAAUAAAUUAUUGAGGAAAAAGG